GUUUAAAGAUAAUAUUUGAAAACAAAAUCGUAUAAUAGAAUUUGUGAAAGGGACUCUGGGAAAAAAGGGCCUCCAGCAGCACGUAGAGAAUACUGUACAGUCUCUGCUAAGAAACAGGUUCACUUUCGCCAGUAUUACCAGCCACACAAGAAGGGGUACACCUCAAACAGGAGUCUUAUCCCCACUGCUGUGGAUUUUUACGGCAAAUGCGCUGAUUCGAAAACUGAAGAGCACGGUCUGUGAUGUGGUAGCAUACGCUGACGACAUUGCCCCAACAGCGACUGAUUCAACUUCGUCAUGGCUCUGUCCAAACGACCGCUCACCAAGGAGACCGCUUUGGCUGAAAGCAACAACAACAACAACAACAACAACCAGAGCAAGAGUGAGGAGCACGAAACGGCAGUGAAGCGUAAAAAGCGCUCAAGUCGCGAUGAGGAGUCGACCAAUAAUAAUAACAAUAACAACAAUACCAAUAACAACAACAGCGGCAAUAACAAAGUUGAGGAAAAAUUGUCAACUUUGCCACAGAAGAAACGCGCUGUAAGCAAUUGCAGCAGCAACAACAACCAUAAUAACACAAAUAAAACAAAUCCAUCACCACACGACGUUGCCAUGUUGCAUAGCUCAGUUGCCAACAACAAUAACAACACAAUGCACGCCACACAUUCACCAGAACGCACGCAAACGGUUAGCACAACAACACCCACGAAGGUGAACGCUGACGAUCAGGACGACGAGACGCUUAUACGUGAAACACAAGCCGCACUCAAGAGUCUCUCGGGCAGUUGGCCAGCUGAGGCACGCAAUAAUCUGUAUCGGCUGCAGGAACAAGACGAGAAUCCGCCACCAUUUCAAAAUCUCUUCGAAGAGAAACAAAAACAAAAGGAAAACGAUCAGGCGCGUAUCAAUGCACAGCAGCACAGCGAGCUCAUGACGUUGGACGAACGCAAACGAUGCACAGCCUUCUCACAAGCGUCCGCCUUUAAACCGCCCAAUGAUUUGAGACGCAAUGGACUCAUAACCGCCUACCCAGCGCCACCACCACCACCACCACCGGGCGUUGCACCAAUGACAUCCGCUGCAACAACGUCCCUACCAUCGAGCUUACCACCGCCGCCACCACCAACACACUAUCCCAUCUACAGCAGUAAUGACUCAUCGGCUGCUUAUCUUAGUUAUCAACAACAUGCGCUGGUCGAACCCAAUUCGUUGUCCAUGCUCGCUACACGUCCAACGCCACCAACUGCCGGCGGCAAUGGUUUCGAUAUAGCCUCACAAAUUGGCGCCAACGAGAACAAACCAACGUUAUCAAACGCAACGGGGGAGCUGCUAAAACACGGCGAUGUUUUGAGCUCUACUGCUCCCCCAAUUGGUGCCGGUGUUGGUGCUGGUGCAGGUGUUGGCGCUGAUACCAAGCACUAUACAAUCUUGCAACCGGCUGGUGUGGGCAGUCGUGCGGCUUCGGUGUUGCAGGAUAUAGCGCGUGAGGGCGCUGUCACAGCGGUCACUGCUGUGGGCAACAACAGCAACAGCGGCGGUGGACCAGCGGUUAGUGUGCCACAGCCGACCUACUCGCCGGGCAGCAUCAAUCGUGGCGAUGGCACCAAAUGCCCCACGCCAAGCUGUAACGGUCAAGGACAUAUCACGGGACUUUAUUCACAUCAUCGAAGCUUAUCUGGUUGUCCCAAACGUGAUAAAGUCACCUCAGAAUCUGUAGUAGACACAUUCAAGACCGAACCGAAGGAGUUGAAUCAUUUGGAAAAGUUGAAAAUCGCUUCGAAUCAAUACUUGAAUAACAACAACGUCAGCUGCAUCAACCAUAAUAGCGGACACUGCACGACCAGCAGCAGCAACAGCAACACUUCCGCCAACAACAACAGCACACUCAGCCUCAACUCGAGCACGAACACAACGGCAGUGACCAACUCAAGUGGGGCGAGCAACGCAAUGCCAAUUAUCAAAUCGGAAUUCAGUCCGGUCGCCAGCGUCAAGUCCGAAUACAAUAAGAGUCCCAUGCAUCCAUACAUGAACAACAAUGCGGACCCCACAGCCGGUGGUAGUGGUACAGUUGGCAAUGGCGUUAGCGUUGGUGGCCCAAGCGACCAGCACACAGCCAAUGGUAAUACUUCAACGAACGUUGGCGUUGUGUCCACCACAAAUUCAGAUAAUUUGCACGCGCCGCACUUGAGUGGAGUCCGAAGUGCGACCGGAACACUUCAAGCAUCCGGCUACGUGAGCAUGCAGCAGCAACAACAACAACAGCAGCAGCAGCAACCAACUCACACAAUGGCCGACCCACAUCAGCAACAACAUCAACAGCAGCAGCAGCAGCAGGCACAACAACAACAACAACAAAGUCCACAUAAUCCACAUCAACAGCAACAGCACACGCUACAUCAACAACGCGGACCAUUCAUCGAAGACUCAUCAGCACUAAUGAUGUCCGCCGGCAAUGGAGCUUCCGUGAAUGGUGCCGAUCCAUAUCGCACCGAUGGUCACCACGAUGACGCCCAACACCAACAUCAGCAACAUCAACAACAACAACACUAUGAGCAUAUGCGCUAUGCCCACCAUAUGGUCAAUGGGGGUGUUGGUGGCGAUGGUUCUUUGACAGGCGGUAAGCCGCCCACCUCCUCUUAUGGCCAAGAUAUGCUUACAGCCAACGGUGGCACUCCCACUGAUGCGCUCUCGCCCAAUGCACGCGCUUACGACACAAAUCCACCGACUUCGCUAUCAUCCGCCGCCGCCGCUGCUGCCUACGGUGAUGCGACGGGAGUGACUAGUAUUGCUGGCAUGCCGACGGCUUUUGAACGUUACGAUCCCAUUUGUAAUGGCCAACGUCAAGGUCCACCCUCGAAUAUGUACCACUACCUGCCACAGUCCGCAGAUGACUUGCAGGUUCAACAGCAAAAGUACUUGCAGGAGCAGCAAAUGUUAAUGGCGAAAGCGGAACAUGAUGAGCUCGCCAAUGGCGGACCAAUAUACCCACGACCUAUGUAUCAUUAUGAUCCGAGUAUGGGUCCACUGCCACCGGGUUUCUCUGCUAUUAAUUUGUCUGUGAAAAUGGCUGCAGCUCAGGCGGCAGCUGCUGCGGCUGCAUAUCAAAAUCAGCAACAACAGCAGCAGCAGCAACAACAACAACAACAGCAGCAGCAACAGCCACAACCGAAACAGAGCGGUUCGCCAUCACCACCUGGCGCACCCGUAGUUGACUUGUCAGCCUCCGCUUCGGUAACUUCAUCCAGUCCGCAUGGUUUCAACUCGCCAUCAUCACACAACCAGUACAGUCAACGUAUGGGCGCUGGUAGUCCACAGCCCGGUGCGAGCCCCAACAUUGCCAGUCCGCAAGUGCCAAGCCCACAGGGACAGACGUUGGAUCUAAGCGUGACCCGUUUGCCACACAGUAUUAUCACCAGCCCACAAUACGGCACGCAUCCCGACGGUCUAGUCGUUGGACAUCCACAAGGUUUUGGACCGGGUGUGCCACCCACAGGCCCUAACGGCGCGCCACGUUCACCACAAAUGGAACCAGUUGAUUUUAGCGGUCCGCCACGACCACUCGGUUUCGGCUUGGUCGGUCAUAUAGGCGGACCGCGGCCAUAUAGUCGUGAAUCUACACCGGAUAGUGGCGGUUCACACUAUAUCGAUAGCUAUCGUGAUCCAAGUGGCUACUCACCUCAUCCCGGCUACGGCAUGGUCGUACAAUCUGAUUAUCCCCCAGCCGGCUAUCAUGGCUACGGUCCAGCCGCAUAUCAAUGCAGCAAUCCUUAUGCAACUGCUGUCGGUCCCGGCGGAUAUCCGACACCCGUAUCGGGUGGCUACUCACCCAGUCCAGCAUCGUGUUACUCCAUGCCGCCACCGCAGCAUAUACCACAACAUGACAAGACAAAGGAUAGCUUAACGGGCUGUACGCGCAGCGAUCGCAAUCAUCUGCAGCCACAUUCACAAGAACUGAAAUGCCCUACGCCCGGUUGCGAUGGUUCGGGUCAUGUCACUGGCAAUUAUUCGUCGCAUCGCAGCUUAUCGGGUUGUCCGCGUGCAAAUAAACCGAAGAGUAAGCCACGUGAUGGGCAGGAUUCGGAGCCGCUAAGAUGCCCCAUACCCGGCUGUGAUGGCUCAGGACAUUCAACUGGCAAAUUCUUAUCGCACAGAAGCGCCUCCGGCUGUCCCAUCGCGAAUCGUAAUAAAAUGCGAGUACUCGAAGCCGGCGGCACCGUAGAACAGCAUAAAGCCGCCGUCGCUGCGGCGACUGCGAUGAAGUUUGACGGCUGUGGCAGCGCUAGUCAGAGUAUGAAGAAACCGAAAUUCGAUGAUGUUACAAUGGUUUAUCCGAAGGGCUAUACAGGCAUCGACAUGAUGAUGGGCGGUGUCGGCUCCGCUGUAUCUUCGUCCGCUUCCGUUUCCAGUAAUAUUAGUAAUAGCAGCAACAACAACAAUAACGCUUCUGUCGUUAGCUCCUCAGCUGCUUUGGGUAAUGUUUCUUCCUCUGUCGCCGGUACAGCCACCUUACCGGACAGUCUACAAGGCAACAACAAUAACAAUACAAACAAUAACAACAGCGUUAGUAAUGCUGGCAGUGGCAACAGUUUAGCGUCGAACAGUAAUGUGCCCUCAGCAAUUGGCAGCAGUGGCGUCGGUAAUGGCAGUGGCAUUGUUGGUGAAGAUUUGAAUACACUCGAAGCUGAAAUAACGGAGCUGCAACGGGAGAAUGCACGCGUCGAAUCGCAAAUGAUGCGUUUGAAGUCCGAUAUAAAUGCCAUGGAAUCACAGUUGCACACCAGCGAUAGGGAGGCUUCUCCGCUGAGUACUCAUCAACAGCGUAAUCUCUCUGCGGUGACUAUCAAUGCUGGAGGAGCAACAGCUCUUGCGAGCGUCUCCUCCAGCGCCUCGAUCGCGUCCCCGCUCAGCAAUCACAACAGCGGCAAUGGCAACGCCAACGGCAACGGUAACAUCGGCAACAGCGCCAACAGCAACGGUAACAUCAACAUCAACGGUGGUAGCGGAGCCGGAGGCAGCAGUAACACCAACACCAAUCACAGCAGCAACACGCUCACCAGUACAAAUCUCACGCACACCCUCCCCAGCAGUCACACCGGCACCAUAGGCAGUCACGGUCAUAGUCACAGCGGCAGCUAUUUAACACCACCACCCAGCGUCAGCCUCAGCACCAGCUCAUCCUCUGCGAGUAGUGGUGGUCCACCCGCAUCUAGUUCCUAUUAUGAAAGUUUACGCAACAAUGUCAUUACACUACUCGAACAUGUACGUCUGCCACCACCCGGCGGUAAUGGUGUGCCGAGUAUGAGUGCGAGUCCGUUGGGUGGUGGGCAUGGUGGUGGUGGCGGCAAUAAUGUGAGUAGCACCAGCUUGGGCGGUCAUCCAACUGACGCAAUUGGUAAUAGUUUAUCUGGUUUACCUGCCACUGCUGAGGUGUUGAGUAAUCAGCAAUUGACCAGCGCUUAUGGCAUGCCACAUGCAACACAUCCCACACUCAUACCGCCGAGUCCAUUGCCUACAGCUUCUAUAGCACCAACGAAUGUAGUUAGCGGUGCCGUAUCUAUGUAUGCCGCGCCACCUCAUCACUUGGCUGGCACACAUCCAGGUAUGUUAGGGCCACCACCACCACCGCCACCGCCUCCACAUAGCGCCGGUAUGCCGCCACAUCAUCCGUACACCGUACAUCAUCCAGCUAGCUAUGGUCAUCACGAGCCCUUCGACUCGUACAUAUCAAAACUUCAGUCACUAUGUGUACCCCCAGAUGUUUAUGCAUUACCAGAUGAUGGUAGUCGAGGAGCUGUAUACGACCCUGUUAAGCCAAGUUUGCAUCAAGAUUACACACUAAUGCCGACGCCGAUAUAAGCGUGGAUGAGAAGUGAAUUGGAGAGGGAGAGAGAUUAUUGGAGUUAAAUGAAGAACGAAAUAAACUUUAGAAGGAUAGGGGUGUAAGUAGUCAACUCGCAUUUGCAUAUGUAUAUGUAAAUAAAUAUUUGUAUAUAGAAAUUUAUUCUUAAAUAAGCCUUGAUGGGGUAUUUCAAUUGUCUGGUUUUUAAUCGGGAGUUCCAUCCGUCUCUCUCAUUCGGAUACGGAAUUACAUUCCAGAAGUCACCACUACUUAUGAUACCGAGAGUUUCGGCAUUCAUUGCAUAUGAAACUGUCUUUAGAGUCUUUUUUAUCCUCAAAAUGACGGCUGAGACUAAGAAAAUAAGAGCAUUCUUGAAUAAAGCUAAAUUGUAAUGAUUUCUAAUUUUUAAAUAUGCAGCAUACAUACAUACAUGGCAGCGUUUGAGAUUUCCAUAGAUAACUAGAUGUACGAAAUCUCCAUUUUUAAGGGCAGGGAGGCGUUUCAAUAAUUUUUCAGAAUGUAUCUGAAAUAUAAU